CCGGGGCGGCUGCGCUGCGCCAGGGUUGCGUGGGGGGGUCUGCCACGCCGCCAGGACUUCCAACCCAGCAUGGCACGGGGCAGGCACACCCAGUAGGGGCGAGUCCGCGGCGCUGGGGGCUCGGUUCUCACCACAGUCCCCCCGGCUGCCUCUCACCCCACCGCGCCUGCUGUUCUUUAGUGCAAUGCAGGCGGCACCGCGGGACCGGAAGUGAUGAGCCCUCCCCUGCCACGCGGCCGGGAGAAAAUGGCUGCUGGGGCAGAAGAGAAACCUCCACUUCCUGCCCCCAGCACGGGCAAAAUGACUACAUCCGUGCAACCACGCGGUCGCCACACGGCUGCAACUCCACAGCAGCCCCACGGCAAAAGCCGUCUUGCAUGCAUUCCUCCCUCUUGCAGCAGGAAUCCAAUAACCACUCCCCCCCCGUGACAAUUCUGGGUUUAAAUCAUGCACUCGCUCCUCGGAGCCUGCGCUCGCAAAAACUCAGCGCAGAACUACGGCUUAUAACAUCUCCCUCCCGCUCCUGACUGCGAGAAGACAGUGCCGACCCCAACAAUAUACCUUCUCCUUCCCAUGUUUUUUCCUCCCGUGUUCCCAGUGGUCCCCCUCCACCUCCAUGUCUUCGCCCAGUGUCUAAGGGGUUUGGGGGGAGGCAGGAGGGUUAGAGUCGGUUUCCACAGAAGAGUUUGAAUUCUUUUGUGCAGACUUUAAAGCGUCCAUAAGUUCUGUCCAUGUAGUUAAAUUCCUAAAGGCUUCCAUAUCUCCCAGAGUUGCUCUUUCUCUCAUUAUCUUCCCAACUUUUUGCCAAGCAGUCACAUUAAGAGUCCUGACCAGCAGGAAUCCUGGUAUAACUAUGGCAAUAUAUAUUAAGAACACCAGCAGUUUAGUUUCUGUUGUAUCAUUUUUCUGCGUUUUUAAAAAUUGGCAAAUGGCUUCAGCAUUUUCUUUUAUUUUUUGGGAAAACCUCUCUGCUAUCCUAGUAGCUCACCUCUUUUGCUGAAUGCUUCUCUUUCCUUUUCAGUCCUUUUUCCUUUUUGUCCCUAUCCUUCCAGAGGUGACUGGUGCACAUGAUGUGUUUUGAAGAGCUCUUCCUUUUUCCUUUGAUUUCUACCAGGAGGAUGCUACUGCAGACAUCCCAAAGCCUAGUGCUUCUGGUUUACCAAUGCCUGUUGUAAGAGCCUGUUCCAGGGAGCCACUUGUAGCAUUUGUGGUCACAGACCCCGUCACAUGUAAGGCAUGCAACUGAAUCAACUUCAUUAAGAACAACAAAAGCUUAUAUAGACAAUUCAAACUGUGAUACGUCAUAACAGUGAUGGAUCCUGGACUCUCCAGAGUCAUGAGCGGGGUACCACCAGCCCUUCUACCCUACUCUGGAGGGACAACAGCUCCAGCUCCUUCCUGCAAAUGUGGGGCCAGGCUCCAUCGCUCGUGCUUUUGAGGAGCAUCAAUGCACUAUCUUCCAGAAGCGUGGAGACUUGGCAAGCAGAGAGGGACCUGGCACUGUGCGUGAGUGCCAGUGGCACUGGAUGAGACUGGAACAAAAUGCCCCUUUCUGCUUCUUCCUGAGGCAGGGACAUGACUCACAGGAGUGGGAGGCUCACACCCAGGGUUGGCCACUGAUCACCCAAGUCCUCCAAAUCCUGGCAUAGCCCAAGGAAAGGCAGUGAGAGGAGAAGGUGUCAUCCAGCUGCAGGCAGUCCAUGCUGAUUAUUCCCACCACUCUACCCCUCACAGGAGACCAUGACGCGGGAUGAGACACAUUGCCAUCUGUGACUGAGAAAGAGCAACACAGAAAUAAAGAUGUUUAAAACAAGAAACAUUAUUUCCUUUUUUUUUCUCCUGACACUGUGUGCUUGUCAGGGCAAAUAUCAUAUUGUGACAUCACCUGCUGGCUGAGUGUGACAUAACUGAGUGGCAGAUUGUGACAUCAUGGAGGGAAUGUACAAGGACACCUUGUCCUCCAAUGCUUAUAUUUGGACUUGGGCAGAACCUUACCAGUCUGGCUCAAAUCUGAACUCCAUCUGAGCAAGACUGUGAGGCCAAGAAGAUUGAACCAGGCUUUUUUUGGUGGUGGCUGGUGCCUGUCAUUGGCAGAUCUCAGAGCAAUCACGUCUGUUUCCCUGGCCCUGCCUGGUUCAGGCAGCCAGGCACUGCAGGUGCUGGCAGCUGUGAAGGGCCCUGGGCAUUUCUUCCUCCCCUUCCCAGGACACCAGUCACCAUGGCCUCUCCCUCCUUCAGUGUGUGACACCAGUGAGGGAACGCAGCUCCUGAUCCUCAGCUUUCACCAGUGUGCUGCAGAGCACAAAAAUGGCCAUGGAGAUAGAGAGGAACUGCUCCAUCUGCCAGGACACUCAGAAGGAUGUGGCUUCUGCUCUGCCCUGUCACCACCAGUUCUGCCUGGGCUGUAUCCUGCGGUGGGCUCAGAGAAAUCCAUCGUGCCCACUCUGCAGAAGAACAAUAGAGACUAUCAGGUUUUCUGACAGUGAAGAUGACUAUCUGGAGACAGCCAUCACAGCCCCUGAGGAGCUGCCAGAUGGCAGCAGCCUGGCAGGGACAACUCCUGAUGUCCUGGAUGAGAACAGCACCCAUUUCCUUGUGGCAUCCCAUCCAUCUUCUCCACAGGGUACACUAUCCCCACCUGAGCAGAGGGCCUCAGAGCUGGAGUUUGGGGGUGGUCUUCUUCCUGAGGUCUGGGCAGGACUUUUCCGUGGACGACAGCAGCUCCUGGACCCUGUGCGGCCCUGGCUGCGCCAGAGGCUGGAGGGAAUAUACCGGAGCUGGUGGUGGCUGGUCGAGGCCGCAGAGAGCACCAUCCUGCACGACCUCUGUGUCAAGGGGCCGAAUGCACAGGCCUUGAUUGAGGGGCUGGAGCCUCUUCUCGAGCAGCACACAGCACUGCUGGUCCAUGGUGCCAUCAACAUAAUUGUGGGCCAGUGCAGCGAGGAGGCCCAGAGGCUGCUGCAAUCUGGUGCAGUCAGAGAUGGGAACAACAGCCUUGUGGCCAGAGCCAGCUCCAGCUCCAGCAGCUUCAGCUCCAACAGCUCCUGGGAGGGGUCUCCUGUCAGUGGCCCUGAAGGCCCCAAUGUGGAGACAGAAGCUGAUACAUCAAAGGCCACUCUACACAGGGGUCCCAGGCACCCCCCUCCUGUGCCUGUCCCUGCAGAGCAGGACCAGCCUCAGGAGGAGCUGGGGCAGGCAAUGACAGUGGCAGGUUCCUCUGCCCAGAGCAGCAGCCGUAGCCAGUCCAGUCUUGUCCUGGGCAGGCACCACUGUCCUGGUGGGCCUGGAUGACCCCCAGAUAGAAGGGCACCCAGCCCCAGGACUCUCCCCAGCCCUGCAAGAGACCACCCUUCUGGCAGCACUAACAGGGCUCCUGCAACCCUUUGUUCAAGGAAAAGGAAAUAAAUUGUUAUUUCUCUCA